AUGAAUCCUCCGCACAUUCUCAUUGCUCGCAAUUCGAGGGGACUGAACACUCACAAUCCAUCUGCCUCGCUUAGCUCACCCACGGAGACACAUGCAGCAGCAGCCGGCAUAUUCAGAUCCGCAGGCUCCCCGUCCUGGUAUCUCGAGGAAUGCGAGUCGGACGAGAUGGCCUCCUCCCUAAGUACCAACGGCGACAUGGACAACCCCAUCGAAAUCCACGAGACGUUCACCCGCACGAGCAAGUUUCCUGGGAACGUGAAGAUAAUCGUCGAGUCGACGACGUUCUGGGCACACAAGGAGGUCCUCUACUUCGCGUCCGCGUUCUUCCAGGCCGCGCUCUGCGGCGGCUGGGCAGAGACGGAGAAUGAAUCGGGGCGUCCUCAAUCCGUGUCCUCCGUCAUCACCAUCUCCCAACCGCCGACGGUCCCCGGGAGCCGGACUACGCUGGAGUGCCAGUCCGAGAUCACGUUCGCGCCCGUCGACCCGGACGUCGACCCGGACGAUUUCAACCUGGACAUCGACUUGGAGAGCGACAACAUCUCGGAGGUCUCCUUGGACGACAAGGCGAAGGCCCGCGAAGACAGCCUGAGCAAGCUGGAGAAGACUGGCCCGAGCACCCCUACCAGCCCUGUAACGCCAGAGAAAGCCAAAGCGAAGGCUCCGGACGUAGAUCAGACAGCAGGACCUGUGACACCCACAUCCGCUCGAAUCGUGAAGAAGGGCGAGGAGAAAGGGAAGGGAAAGGAGCGUCCGGAUGCCAUCAUCGUGCUCAAGGAAGAAAAGGCAAGCACGUUCCACGACUUCCUGAAGUUCGUGUAUCCACACAUCGUUUGCACCAUCACCUGGAACAACGUUGAAGGCCUGAUGAACAUAUCGCACAAACUGCACGUCUCCAGCCUCCAGACCGAAUGCUUGACUUUCCUUUUAACGCAUGCUGCCGGGCGCCCCAUCAAAGCUAUGCGCAUUGCAGAGCUGUUUGACGAGGAGGAGCUUUACCGCGAAUCUAGUAGGUUCGUUCUCGACAAUCCAGGGGGAUGGUCGGAAGAGGAGAUGAGUGCUCUCAGCCAAGCGACGCUGUUGAAGCUCGAGAAGAGGAGAACGUGGUUCUUGGAACGCGUCCUGAAGCUGGGUUUAGUUCAGAUUGCAAAGGAGUAUCAAUGUUGCCCAACAUGUCCGGACUCCGCUGUAUGCGCUCGCUUGCUCGAGGAGAAGUGGAAGCAAGCCUACCAAGCUGUCUUCCGUUUCGGUCCAUGUCAGCCCUCAAUGGUUUAUCGUUACCUCCGAACACUGGAAGGGGUCAGCCCUCCGCUGUCGCUCACCCACCUCAGUUGCCAGACAACUGCGAAGGCGUUUGUCUCUGCGUUGUUCGACCGUAUGUUCUCCCUGGGGGUGCGCGGCAGUGGCACAGAUACCGCCCCGCUUGGCGCGCGUGUCGCCGCCGUCGCAGGAAGCGCACCGUCAGGACCCCGCCGGCACUUCCUCUUCUGUUCGCUGCACAAUGAACCCACUACUCGCGGAAAGCGCUCGCGAGAGCAGACGUGA